CGUUGGAGUUUGUAUGUAACAAACAACAUCAAAUUUACUUACGGGAAUAGCUUAGUAAAAUAUUUUGAUAAAAUAUAAAAUAUAAGUAUAUAAAUCCCCGUUGGCUAUUAUGUCGCCUUUGCAUAAGAUGUGGAGUCCCUCCACACCAAAGAAAAGAUAUUCAACUCCGAUUCUACCGCUUUGCAUACAUCAAGGAUUCAUUCCACCAUGCGAGGAGAAGGAGGAGAGUGCAAAUAUGACCCUUAUUCUGGCCUGGGAGUAUGGACGAAAUUGGUUGCAGCAACGAGAUGAGUUUCUACGGAACAAAAAGCAUAUCGAAUCCAAGAAGUAUGUUCAGCCAGAUAUAGCUUGGUGGUUGAGGCAAAGAAAACGUACCUCCUUCAAUCCACGUGAGAAAUAUUUAGAAGAGAAGAAAUUAAAUUUCAAUAAAAAUAUGAAUUUAAGCUCCUUUGCGGAAUCCAAAAAAAGGCGUGCUCUACAAGGCUCUUAAGGAUGAUAAUAAUUAAUUGAUUUAUUGGUUCUACAUUUGUAUAUGUAUAUUUAUGGGUAAAGUUUUUAACUUACCUUUCCAAUGUAUAAAUAUUUGAUGAAUAAUUAUAAUAUAUGUAUAUUUGAA